CCGGUCGAAUGUUGAAAAAAGCUGGUAAGGAUAUUCCAACGAAGUCCGGGACAAAAACAAAUCCUAAAUCUCAAAAAGAGGUUCCCGGUCAAAUGUUGGACAAAGCUAGUAAGGAAAUUCCAACGACGUCCGGGACAAAAUCUCAAAUUAUGAUGCAUCUUGAGAAAAUGGUGGAAGAGUCAGAUAUUAUGCACGGCGCCAUCCGUAGUGUAGAUAUGGAUGAAGGUGUUUUCAGAAUUGCUCAUUCCGAAUUAAUUGCAAAGGAGGACAUGCAACAACUUUUUGAACACGAAGAAUUGGGCAUCGAUGUCAUUCAUACAUACAUAUGGUACUCCGAUCAAUCUAUUAUUUACUUAGUUGAACAAUUUAUUUACACAUUUCAAUGAGUAGUCUAAUGUUUAUUAUGUUUCUAUUUAAGGUAUAUGUAUGACACAUUGAUGCGGGGAACUGAAUUGUGUAACCGAUUCAAUUUUAUUGCUGCUUCCCGUAUCAACACAACGUUUAUAACGAAAAAUCCAACAUCCAUAAUGAAUGAACUAGUCGAUAGAUUCAUGGUGGCCGGCGAUAAUACUACACCCAGUUUGUAUUUUUUACCGUUUAAUUCUGGCAACGGGUUAGAUUUUCUUUCUAAUAAUUUCAUUCUAAUCUAUGUAUAUCUUUUACGUAGAAAAUUUUCAUGCAUCUAAAUUUUUGUUUUAUUUUACAGUGGUCACUGGGUGUUGGUUGCUAUGGAUCUUUCGAGAUUAAUGGUGUAUUAUCUCGAUUCGUUACCGGGUAAUUGGAGUAAAUAUCCGAGUAUGAAGAAGACGGUUGACGCGUAAGUGAAAUUCCCCUAAAUAUUCGUGUGUAUUUGUAUAUUUAAUUAUGUCUGUCAGAUUGAUCUCAAUAUACAUUUUUAUUUUGUUAGGGCAAUACUAAAAUUUAGAUCGAAAAAGAAUUAUCGUAAUAGGAAGGACAUUACCUGGGUUAGAGUUCAGGUAUAUAUUAAGUUUCUUAUUUUUGCUUAUAAUAGUGUUUGUUUUUUGCUUAUAAUAGUGUUUGUAAGAAAUUAACUAUAUAUAUAUAUUGUUUGUUUUUUUGUGUAGUGUCCUCAGCAAAACAAUUCGAUCGAUUGCGGAUUUUUUGUACUGAGAUUUAUGAGAGAUAUCAUUGCGUUGAAUCGUAUAGACAUCCCAAAAAUGGUAUGGAAUAAUAACUUAGGGUUUAUUUUAAUAUUAUCGGAUAUUUCAUUUAAUUUGUUACUAAAUCAUGAAUAUGUUUUAUUCUCUUAAUUGAAGUACUUUGACGAAUACAAAUCUUACUCAAAAGCUCAUUUGGAUGAAAUGAAUGAUGAAUUGUGUCAAUUCAUUAUUGAUCAUAGAAUCAUAUAGGUUGUAGUUGUUGUACAUAUAUGUAUGGAAUGUUGUUGUACAUGCAUGAAUAUCAAUAUAUUAAUGUUGUAUAUAAAUGGAUUCAUGUUGUAUAUAUCAAUGGAUUAAUGGUGUAUAACAUUGGAUUAAAGGAUGAAAUCAAUAUGAAUUUUACACUUUUGCAGCAUGCGAACAGGUUCCCAAUUAAAUACCCACUGUUUUUCAAACAAUUUUUUUUUAAAAUAACUAACACUUUAGAGGGCGCUUUCUGUAGGAAGCGCCCUCUAAACACUUUACAUUGACAACUUUAGAGGGCGCUUUGUCCAGAAAACGCCCUCUAAGGUGGCCCUUUAUGGACCACUCCAGAGGGCGCUUUUUUCUGAAAGCGCACUAUAAUGUGGCCCUUAAAGGGCCACUUUAGAGCGCUUUCUCCAGGAAAACAAAGCGCUGUCUU